AUGCCAAACGUCGCUUCAGACCUCAUCCCUACCAAGGCCGGCCACCUCCCCGGAAUCCUCACUCUCCUCAAGUCCGGCAACCAAGUCACCUUGACCGACAUCCGGACCAUGUUCGACCAAGUCCACCCUGGCAGCGCGGCGGACCACUUCGAGCCGUGCGAAGGCGGUUACAAGCUCACGCCUCGUUCGGGCUUCGUCAAUCUCAUCGGUAAGUAUCAGUCUGAGUUGGAGAAGUGA